UUACAUUGUAAACAAUGCCCAUUAUCUGCAAUAAUCGCUUCUAGAAUACAGUUGUCUAUUACGUCACAAUGGCAGAUGUUGAAUCACAAUUCAAGGCGGCUCUAGAAGUUAUCCAGAAUCUUCCUAAGGAUGGACCCUACAAACCUUCGCCCAACAUGAUGUUAUUGUUUUACUCGUACUACAAACAAGCUACUGAAGGCCCGUGUACAAAACCCAAGCCUUGGUCGUUUGAUGUCGUCAACAAGGCGAAGUGGGAUUCAUGGAACAAGUUGGGGAAGAUGGGACGGGAGGUCGCAAUGAAGAAUUAUGUGGAUGAAUUGACUAAGGCAAUGUCGAACUUCCCAAAACUUGAUGAAAAACAAAUUAUUGAGGUCCUGCCAGCGACGGACGCAGCAUCGGACUUUUUACAAACUUUGGGAAAUUUCUAUGAAGUGGUCGACGUUAGAACCGCUGAAGCGGAAAAAGUGAAAUCCCUGAUGAAACAAAGAGCAAAGGAAGAAUUACCCAAUGGAAAUCAUUUAUCAAAUGGAGACAAUGAUCAUUGUUACAUCACAACCAACUCAAUAAAGAACAAACAGGUAACCAGCGACAGCGAGGAUGAAUUUUGUGACACGUCACCCGAUGUACAAGAUACGCUGAGUCAUAAUUCAAGCUCGUCGGAACCGUCCACGCUGAGUCAUGAAAGUUAUGCAAAUCAACAAUUUCAAGACGUCAACAUUCUUAAGUCGAGCAAACAAACCCCCAUAACCCACGGGGGUGAAAGUGGGACCCAUGGGUUAGGGGAGGGGAAACCCCUACAACAUAUCAAGGAAUCUGUACCACCCCACAGCAACCACGGGUCACCCCCCUUCGAGCCCCCUACAGGACAGGGGGUUCCCCCAAGUGGAUCUGGUGGGGGUGGGGGGUCGUACAACGGCGACAGCGACAAUCGUAUACAAGAGAGAAUAGCGAGCGUGUUGUUGCAACUUCAACGUGACAUGAACAGCGUGCUUACAAGGUUGACGACGCUGGAAACGAUAACGGUCGCUCGGCAGGACACGCAUCACUGCAACCAUUGUUGUAUCCAUGGCAACAAUCCGCAGCUCUCCAACCCCUCCUGGUGGCCGUUCCCCGGUUUACAUCCGAGAGUUGCGGUAUUUAUCCUUAUAUGGCCGUUCCUUGCAAGAAUAAUCGUCGCUUCAAUUCGGAGAAAAUUCCAACGUCGAUAACUUUGUGAUUCAUAACCAUCAUUGUGAUGUCAUAAUCGUGCAAUUUAUUUUCCUGCAUCACGGUAACCGUUGGCGACUCGUCGCAAAAUUUCAAAACUUUGUUUAAAAUCGUCGCACUCCAUUCCGUAACGUGAAUACCAGUGAAGAUAAGCCCCGCUGUCGUACAUUAACCUCGAUUUGUCGACAAUUCCCUCAAUGUAACGACCACUAGAGGUCAGGUUGGCGCACACCGAGAUACUUUUCCUGAAUAUUUAAAUUAUUUGUCGUUAAUUUUAAUUUUAUAUGAUUUCUAUGCUCAACUACCUGCAUAGGCGUAACGUUGGGGGAUGGCAAAUCGUUUUAAUAAGAGCACCCCCAUAUAUUUUGCAAAAUUGAAAAACUCCGGACUUUUACAACAAACAUUAUAUAUUCGAAACUUAAUAAAGUGUUGUGCAUGUAGUGUUUAUUUUAUAACAUUUCCAUGCUAGGAAAACCACGGUGACAUGUUGGAUGUAUUAUGCUUAUUGUUAUGGUUUAUAAUUUUUAUGUGUUAUAUUAUUUCUAUGCUACUACCUGUGAUUUCUAUGGUCCAUCCAAACGUCGAUUGGAAAUGGAUUCCACUUCACGCAGUUAUAAGAUUUCUAUAAAUGUUGUUUAUGUAAUUGUUGCAAUUCGUCAUAAAAUAAAAUAUGAAAAAUGA